AUGGGUCCAUCCCAGCCUGGCCAGACAUGUCAGCCCUGGCAGGUGACCCCAGCUGAGUUACUGCCCCGGAGCUGGCACCAGGAGGAGGUCCUGAAGAAGCGCCGCCUCCUCCAGCAGCUGGGGGUCUCCCAGGUCUUCAUGGCUACGCUGCACCUGUUCUUCGGGACUUACCUGAUGGCUGCAGCCAAGGACCUUCACCUGGUGCUUCUCAAGUCUUGGUACCCCUUCUGGGGGGCUGCCUCUUUCUUCUUUUCCGGAGUCGCGGCGAUAGCAAUGACAGUAUUUGGUAAAGCAUACCUGAAAGGGUUGUGCUUGACAGCUAAUCUGGUCAGCUUCUUCUGCGUGCUGGCCGGCCUCUACGUCAUUAUCAAGGACCUCUUUCUGGAGAGCGGGUUCGAUGACCCGAUCUGGGGAACUCACUACACAAUCCACAUCCAGAGGCUGGAGCUGGCCCUGUUCUCCUUCACAUGCCUGGAGUUCAUCCUGCUGGGACCUAUGGCCAUGGUGGCCUGGAAAGUCGGCCGCCUGUCUGCAGAGGUGGACAACUCAUCCCUUGUCCUCAACCCCCCACUUGAAUUCAGUAGUCAGUGGGUGAGACCCCCACCCUCCUAUGAAGAUGCAGUCCGGGGCCACCCCGAAGGCAGGACGGACUCCGGGGCCAGCCACACCUCUUUGCCAGAAGCCUGCUUCACCCUCUGCCCUCCCUGCCUGCUGCCUCCAGUGCGCAGAGGAGAAAAACUCAAACUCGGCUUCAUUGCCAUCAAGCCAUUGCCGACUCAUACCUGCCAAUCACAAUGGUGGCGGCUGCCCAUCUUGGUGUCUCGGAGCCGCUGA